AUGGAUCCCAUUAUCGAACAGUUUUGCCGUGAAGCUUACAACGAGCUCGUCGACCUUUACUACAACGACGAGUUCGAGGCAUGCAUCGAAAAAGCAUACAAAUUGCUCGACGAUGAAGGCUUACCUCGAUACCACCGUAUGAAGACAUGGAUGCUGCUCGGGAACUGCCUAGUAGACUGGGAGGAAGCCAAUGAAUGCUUUGUGAAGGCUCAAGAGAUGUGGUGGACUGUGCGCCGCGAGCAUACCUUUUGCGAGGACGCUCAUGCUGAUGAAAUGCUGGAAGAGCUAGCAGGUGAGCUUGAGGAGCUCAACGCUGUGCUCGAUGCAGAUGAAGAUAAGCCGGAAGGGGAGGUCAGUGGCGGGCACGAUGGACCUGAGGCAUUGCGCAAGGCGAAGGAGGAAGUAGUUGGCCUGUGGAAGACCGAGUACUUCUUGCGGGAAUUCGAUCUUGCUGGCGAGAAGCCACCGGGUCAGCUGGUAAAUCCUGUCGCGUUGGUAGCAGCUGAAGUCGCUUGUCAUGCUGGCAGUACAUGCCGCCAUCUCAUCGCGGCGCCAAUCGAGGUGGUAGACCUGCGGAGAUCCCGCGCAGGCUCUCUUGGCGACCACGCCAUCACCCAUCAUAUACCGCACUACAUCAGCGCACACAGACUGCUCAGACGGGCGCUACGCGCGACGGCUGAAGACCUCAAAGAUACAAGAGCUUCGGAGACAACACGGAACGACUCCCACAAGGCUCACUGGCCCAACAAGAAUGCGCUGGAAAGCCGAAGCGGUGGAAGGUUGGUAGAGGGCAAACACAUGGAGCAUGGCAUUGGUUAUACACUUUCUAGGUACUGUCUGAAGUCAAUGGUGUGCUUCUCAUACCUCAGAGUCGAGGGUCAGCCUUAG